AUGGCAGAUCUGGCUCUUGGUAUUGCUGGCCUAGUAGUAGGCGUACCAGGCCUGAUCCAGGUCAUUGGUCUUCUCGGAGACGCGGUGCUAAAAAGGCUUGGGCACUACGACGACAAUUAUCAGAGGCGGGUCAAGCUACUGAUCAGAAUCAGCAAGUCGCAGACGCAAGAUUUGCUGCUGUAUCUCGAGAGACUAGGUGACAAGGCUCCAGAAGCUUUAGUGGCUGAAGUGCACGAUAUGUUUCAAGCAUUGCGUGAUACACUCGAACUACUUGUGACUAUGCUUCCAAGCGUGGGCAUAGACGAAGCUGCAGUCGUGCGGACAAAAUUAUCAGAAGCAAAAAAGGCCAGCAUAGAUGCUGAGGUCGCCAAGAUCGAAGAGUGGAAUAAUAGGAUCUUGAAACGAAUGAUCGUGUUGAAGUUCUUCGGUAACCUCAAGGCACUACCACCAAAUUCAGCAGAUGAUGAAGUGGCUCCGUCUUUACGCAAAGUGGAAAAGCUUCGAGAUUCGAUAAAAGAAUCACUUGACAAGGCGAAAUCCGAUUCUACCCUAUUACUCAAUCCCCCAGAAGAAGCAAGUUGUACUCUGCUCCCAAACUCAAUCCUGCAGCUCAAGACUCCAAAGACUGGCGGGCGGCCAUUCCUUGCUGAAUGCCGAGUAUACAGUGACAAUGCUUCGGAGCGGGAAAUACAGCAGCAUCGACAAGUCAUUCGAGAAGUUGCGAGAAUACUUCGCCAAGCUGAUCCGGCAUUUAUGGGUCUUCUUAACUGCAGCGGGUUUCUCUGGGACUCGCUAGACUGUAGAUUUGAGCUGCACUUUCCGAUCACCGAGAAUAUGGAAAACCCAAGGUCUUUGCUUAAUUUGCUUCUCGACCCGAUGAAUAAAAAGGCCAGGGCAAAGCAUCCUCUCAACCAUCGCAUUUCUCUGGCAAAAAGCGUUGUGGUAGCUAUCUUUAUUCUCCAUUCAGCAGGAUUUGUGCACAAGCAGAUACGUCCCGAUAAUAUCGUUAUCUUCGAUAAAGAUCCGGACACAUCACUAUCAACGGGGACAGUAGACCCAGCUAAGCAGAUUUACCCGUAUUCAAUCGGUACACCGUUCCUUGUAGGCUUCGACAACGUUCGUAAAGUGGACGCAGCCUCACUGAUGCUACCUAUCGAGGAAUGGGAGAAGACAAUAUAUCUUAGUCCUGAACGUCAACGACUCCAACCAGGGGAUGAAUUCAACAUGCGGCAUGAUCUCUAUAGCUUAGGUGUUGUUUUGCUCGAGAUUGCAUUCUGGGCCUCCUUCCAAGAUAAGAAGUCAUCUCAGUUAGGCAAGAUUAUUUGGAGAGACGCUGCUCAGUCUCAUCUUUGUGGACCAGAGGAGUUGAAAAAGAUUUAUGUGUCUCUUGCCAAAGGAUCUGUACCGCGAGUUAUCGGUCAGAAGUAUGCCGAUGUUGUUAUGGCUUGUUUAACCGGGUUAGAGUCUGAGAAAGAUAUGUUAAACGAACUGAAGGACAAGGAUGGAAUUAUAAUAGGAACAAGUAUUACUCUACUAAGAGGUCUAUAUAUGAUAUAA